CGUAGCAGGGGGUGACCACUAUCUGAGCGGGGAUGCCCGGCAUCUGAGACGCUGUCGGUGCUAUCAGUCGCCCUCAUCCCCUCCACAAGUCAGCAUCCAUCUGCCAUCCUCUGCCACAGGAACGCGGGGACAAAAAGCGCGUGCGCGUCUACAUCAAACGCUACCCCACGACACAGGAUUACCGUUGUGGACGUUGUAGACAACAAGAAUGAGAAUGUUGAGCCAGGAGGAGGAGAGUCCUGGAAAUAAGCCCAUGGUCUAUUUCGCGGACCUCUACCACAAAGACCACCCAAAGGAGCGCAUCAUCGAGCGCCUGACAGAGGUCAUCACCAGAAACACCAAAGUCCAGCAACACCAUGUCCUGCUGCUCUCCCCUUCUACCAACGAGCUCAAUAAAGUUUCUCAGAAAACAAACAUCCAAGAUGGCAACGGUAUCACUUAUCAUCGAAUCAUCACUGAAAACAAGAUCCAGGCAUUCUAUGAAGGAAAAGAGUUCCUGGAUGCCAACACUUUGAACCGAAUGGCAAUGGUCUGCGCUUGUGAACAGAGCGGCUUCUGGAAGCAGUUGGGCGAAAUGUUCUUCACCAAGGCAUAUCAGAUGUUUUUCGCUGUGGUCGGGACGGGAAAGAUGGAACUGACUGCGUCCUAUGGUCUAGAAUGUGAGAUAGAGGCUUUUCUUCAAACUUUACCUUCCAUUGGUGACAUCCAGAUUUUGAAGUCUCCUCUCAUCCCGGACGCCAUCUUUAACCACGGAUUCACCACCAGAAAUGGCGGUAUCUCCUCCACUCCCGCCCUCCGCUCGCUCAAUCUCGCCUUUGCCUCUCGCAAACGGGACUCCAUGUUGGUAAUCAACGAGAACCGUCGUCGUCUGGCGGAAGCGGCUGGCUUCAACAACAAGAACAUGCAGUUUCCCAAGGUCGAGCACGGCAACCGAGUAUGGAGUAUCGGCCAGGAUGUACCUGCAGGGUUUGACGCCAUUGUGACUCGCUCAGCAGGGAUCACCAUCGCAGCUCCAGGGGCGGACUGCGUGACCAUCUUGUUUGCGGACCCAGUGCGACGCGUCUGUGGGGCUACCCAUGCUGGAUGGAGAGGAACGCUAAAGGGCAUAACAGUCGCCACUAUCCAAGCCAUGGUGAGAGAUUUCGGGUGUGACGUCGGCGACAUUGUCGUGGCUAUUGGUCCGUGUCUUUCUGCAAGCAAUCUACAGUUCACUCCAGAAGACGCGAAAGGUUUUGCGGACAUUGACCCUUCUCUUGUUCUAUGGAAAGAAGGCGAUCAGAAGGUGUAUGUUGACCUUCUGUCAGCCAAUAAGAUACUUCUUCAGAGAGUUGGAGUAAGGAUAGAGAACAUUGACACAAGUGCCCAUAGAUGCACGUACGACAACCCAGGCGAGUUCUACUCAUACAGAAGGGAUAAGUUCCCUUUCGGUAACCAGAUUGCGUACAUCAAUAUCAGAUAGAGUUGUCUCCCUUGUCAACAUGAGUUAUCUCCCGUGUGACAGGCCGACAAGAAACCUCAGUGGACCACCUAUAGAUAUAAUGUAUUCCCAAAGACUAUCCCACACGGGAACUUACCGGAAACUGGAUUCCAUGAACAAUGCAAAGUGUGUUAUAGGUUUUGAAAUGAUUGAAUAUUCAUACCAUGUACAGAUACACCUUAUUGCAUAUUGUUGAAUUAGGUGAUGGGAUGUAUUGUAUAUGUAACACUGAAUAAUACGUAAUCGCCUUCUGUCAAGAACGCAGUAUUGCGACAGUACAUGGAUAUGGGAAACUGUGAAAUUCAAAUGAAUUUACAUCACUUCCACAUGUGUCCCUUCGAAGUGAGCCAUAACAAUAACAAGUAACUAACAUAACUACUUUCAGUAUACUACUGAAAACAUUUAAGGAUGACCCGGUUAUGUCAUAUUACUAUAGGUAUUCUGUUGUGCCAUAACAUAUAAACGAUAGUAAUAAGAAAAAAUCGGGUGAUCCUUAACUUCGUUAAAGAUCAGAGCGAAAUAUUUUACAGUUGAUUAAUCAGACUUGUUACAAAUUACGUUUUACCUUUUUGUAGAAAAUCUGUAUCGGAUUUAACCUAUCUUUAAAUUACGAUAUCCCCGUUUUAUAUACAUAUAUUUAUUUAUUUGCUUGAGAUAUAGAUAUAAUUUAUUUAUCCACCAUUGCUGUUUAUGGUGUUCUCAUUUACUUGAUAGGUGUAAAGGCAUGGUUCCAAUUAUUUCUGUUAUUUGUAGAUUGUUUAAAUAGACUGAAAAUGACAUGUUAUCCCUUUUGAUUUGGAAACGGUAAUUAUCUUUUUACUUUGCAUAUUAUUCUUUCCUUUUGGUUUGAUUAUAUUGUUUUGACGGAUUUUGUGACUUUUAGGGCGUGAAAUGAGUGUUAUACAACCAGUUUGAAAAUAAAAUAUUUGUUUUCAUAAGCAAA